AUGAGGGCUCCGAGGGCCGUCAGAGUGCCGAAUGGCGGGAUUUUCACCGGCGCAAAGCCCCAAGGCCGGCAUGCGCGACACUUCGGCUUCGCCGCCAGCGUGAAGCCUUCGACAACCCCUUCGAUGACAACGACUGCGACAUGGAAGAUCGGACAGACGGCUAGACGCACCUUUACGACGACGACCGCGGUCAGGUCCACCGCGGCCGCCGCCGAGGCCCUGAAGCUGGCUCAGGACAACGCCGCCACCCUCACCCCCGAGCUCGUCGCCGCCAAGAUGAGCCCCGAGGAGGCGCACCGCCUGUCGCGUGUGCGCAACAUCGGUAUCGCUGCCCACAUUGACAGCGGAAAGACGACAGCCACCGAGCGAGUGCUGUUCUACUCGGGCCGCAUCAAGGCGAUCCACGAGGUCCGCGGCAAGGACUCGGUCGGCGCCAAGAUGGACUCGAUGGAGCUCGAAAGAGAAAAGGGCAUUACCAUCCAGUCGGCGGCCACCUUUGCCGACUGGAAGAAGACGGAGAACGGAAAAGAGGAAACCUACCACAUCAACAUCAUCGACACCCCCGGCCAUAUCGACUUCACCAUCGAGGUUGAGCGAGCCCUGCGCGUCCUCGACGGCGCCGUCAUGAUCCUGUGCGCCGUCUCCGGCGUCCAGAGUCAGACCAUCACCGUCGACCGUCAGAUGAAGCGCUACAACGUCCCCCGCAUCAGCUUUGUGAACAAGAUGGACCGCAUGGGUGCCAACCCCUGGAAGGCCGUCGAGCAGAUCAACAAGAAGCUCAAGAUUCCCGCCGCCGCCAUCCAGGUCCCCAUCGGGGCCGAGAACGAGUUCGAGGGCGUCAUCGACCUGAUUGAGAAGAAGGCCUACUACUUCGAGGGCCCCCGCGGCACCGUCGUCAAGACAACCGACGUCCUCCCGGGCGGCUACCACGACCUCGUCGAGGAGAAGCGCCAGGAGCUCAUCGAGAAGCUCGCCGACGUCGACGACGAGAUGGCCGAGCUGUUCCUCGACGAGCAGGCCCCGACCAAUGCCCAGAUCAAGGCCGCCAUCCGCCGCUCCACCAUCGCCCUCAAGUUCUCCCCCGUCAUGAUGGGCUCCGCCCUCGCCGACAAGGGCAUCCAGCCCGUGCUCGACGCCGUCUGCGACUACCUCCCGAACCCGGGCGAGGUCGAGAACAAGGCGCUCGACAAGAAGCGCGACGAGGCCACCGUCAAGCUGGUGCCCUACAACUCGCUCCCCUUCGUCGGCCUCGCCUUCAAGCUCGAAGAGAACAACUACGGCCAGCUCACCUACAUCCGCGUCUACCAGGGCAAGCUCCGCAAGGGCACCUACCUCUUCAACUCCCGCACCGACAAGAAGGUCCGCAUCCCCCGCAUCGUGCGCAUGCACUCCAACGAGAUGGAGGACGUCAACGAGGUCGGCGCCGGCGAGAUCUGCGCCGUCUUCGGCGUCGACUGCGCCUCGGGCGACACCUUCACCGACGGCAACCUGCCCUACACCAUGUCCUCCAUGUUCGUCCCCGACGCCGUCAUGUCGCUGUCCAUCAAGCCCAAGCGCACCAGCGACGCCGACAACUUCUCCAAGGCCAUGAACCGCUUCCAGCGCGAGGACCCGACCUUCCGCCUGCACGUCGACGGGGAGUCCGAGGAGACCAUCAUCUCGGGCAUGGGCGAGCUCCACCUCGAGAUCUACGUCGAGCGCCUCCGCCGCGAGUACAAGGUCGACUGCGAGACCGGCAAGCCCCGCGUCGCCUACCGCGAGACCAUCUCCCACAAGACCCCGUACGACUUCCUCCUCAAGCGCCAGAGCGGUGGCCCCGGCGACUACGCCCGCGUCGCCGGCUGGAUCGAGCCUUACGAGGACCCGGAGAAGAACCACUUCGAGACCCAGGUCGUCGGCGGCACCAUCCCCGACAAGUGGUUGACCGCCUGCGCCAAGGGCUUCGAAGAGGUCACCAACAAGGGCCCGCUCCUCGGCCACAAGGUCAUCGGCACCAAGAUGGUCGUCAACGACGGCUCCACCCACGUCACCGACUCGUCCGACUUCGCCUUCAACCUGGCCACCCAGAUGGCCUUCCGCAAGGCCUUCAACGAGGCCGGCGGCCAGGUCCUCGAGCCCCUCAUGAAGACCACCAUCACGGCUCCCAACGAGUUCCAGGGCAACAUCAUCAUGCUCAUGAACAAGCGCAACGCCACCAUCAACGACACCGAGGUCGGCGUCGAGGACUUCACCCUCCUCUGCGACUGCAGUCUCAACGCCAUGUUCGGCUUCAGCUCCCAGCUCCGCGCCGCCACCCAGGGCAAGGGCGAGUUCAACAUGGAGUUCAGCCACUACGCCCCGGCCCCCCCUCACCUCCAAAAGGAGCUCUGCGCCGCCUACGAGAAGGAGCUGGAUGCCAAGCGCACCAAAUAA